AUGGAUUAUUCAUUAGCACAGGGAAAUAUAUGUAAUUUAAUUCAACCUGUUACUAAUUCUGAACAAAAAGACAAAAUUAAACGUGCUCUUGAUAAGCAUGUUAAAUUAUUUGAUACAACUAAACCUACAAUUGUUAUUAAUGUAAAACCACAUGCAAUUAAAACUCUUGAUCAUUCACCACCAUCAUCCAAACCAUAUUAUUCCACUCCAACUAAGCAAGAUGCCAUGUAUAUGAUUACUCAAGAAUUACUUCAGUUUGAAUUAAUUCGCCCAUCUUAUUCGCCUUAUGCAGCACCCGCAUUGCUAGUAGCUAAACAUGAUGUUUCAUGGAGAAUGGUAGUUGAUAAUAAAAAAUUAAAUAAUAUUACCAUUAAAGAUAAUCAUCCAUUGCCAAAUAUGGAACAAACGAUUCAAACAUUAGGUGGUGGUUAUCAAUUCUUUUCGAAAUUUGAUAUGAAAAGUGGUUUUUGGCAGAUUCCAAUUAGGGACUAUCCUGAUGAAGACCAUCCAGUUAUUUUGGCAACAGAUGCAUCAAAAACUGGUGUUGGAGGGACAUUGCAACAACCCAUUAAUGAAGCUUUAGCAAUAUGGUUAUGUUUUCAACGUAUGCGAUCUUAUUUACUUGGUCGAUCUAUAAUAAUAUGCGCAGAUCAUUGUCCUUUAUGUAAAAUGAUGACUUCAUCUGUGAAGAAUCCUCGAGUUGAUCGUCAAAAUAAUUGUUUAGCGGGUUAUUUAUCUCGUCAUCCAAUACAACCUAAUGAAGAAAUUUUCGACGAGGAUUAUGGUAUUAGUAUGUUAUUUCAAGGGAAACCACCAGCAAAGGUGACUGUUUCUGUUAACAAUUCUCAAUUCAUUGGUGCUGUUAUAACACGUUCAAAGACAAAACAGAUACUGCAACAACAAGAUACAAUCAAUGCAACCAACACAUUUAUUAAAAAUGAAUCACCAUCAUCAUCGUCAACUCAAGAUACAGACAAGCAACAAAAUGAACUUUCAUCACAUUUAAUUUCAUCUAAUAUGUUUGACAUAACCAAGAUUAAAGAAGAACAAUUAAAAGAUUCAUUCAUUCAAAAUAAAAUUAAAGAAAUUAUGGCCGAUCCAACGAAGUAUCCUUAUGUAUUUAAAGAUGGUGUAUUAUACAAAUUAAUGUCAGCAAAUGCAACUAACACCACAAAAACAAAAUUGAUUUAUUUGCCUUCAUCCAUGAUUAAUUCUCUGCUUCAAUCGUAUCAUAAUGAUCCACUCAGAGAUCAUUUUGAUAUUCGUCGUACUUAUUUUAAAAUUAAAAAUAAGCUUUGA